AUGUCGCUAGCAGAUCCGGCUAUCACUAUCCUCCUACCUAUAUACUCAAUCCCACAACUACAACACACCCCGCUACAAUGCGUCUUCCAUACGUCCCAGACCCCCCACCAACAAACACCCCCGAGGAAGCCCGAAUCCUCUCCAACGUCCAAGCCCGCCGCGCCCCAAACCCCCCUCCUCCCCCUCGAUCUCGCCCUCCUCCAUUCCUUCCCCGUAACAGACGGCUGGAACUCCUUCAUCGGGGCAAUCCGCACCCGAACCAGUCUCUCCCCCGUAACCCGGGAACUAGCAAUUUGCCGCGUAGCGGUGAUCAACGGCGCACUAUUCGAGUGGGAGCAGCAUGCGCCUCUGCUAACGGAGGGCGGCCUCAGUGACGAGGCGUUGAAGGUUGUUGGAGAUGCGCAGGCUGAUCUGUCCGGCGACCUUGCGCAGAGGACGUUGAGUCGCGAGCAGAGGGCUGUUGUGAAGUAUACGGAUGCUAUGACUAAGACUGUUACGGUGCCGGAGGAGGUUUUUGGGGAGUUGAAGGGGUGUUUUAGUGAUAGGGAGGUUGUGGAGAUUACGGCUACUGUUGCGGCGUAUAAUUGUGUUAGUCGGUUUUUGGUGGCGUUGGAUGUUGGGGAGAAGAAUCAUUAGAUAUUUGGUGGAAGUGUAUUGAUGGGGGAAUUGAUGCAUGGCAAGGCGAGUCAAUGCAAGACUUGGGUAGCGCUUAAUAGAGUAUAGAUGAUGGCGAAUCUAGAGAGCAUCGAUUCUCCCCAAUGAGUACCCUGGUGUUGCUCAACAUACAUGCGCAACAUACGAAUCUCCAUUAGAGAUUCUUCUUGACGAAUAUGGCACAAAGAAAACACGGCACAAAGGCAUAGAUUGAACUUGGAAGAUGUAAAUCGCAGGAUAUUGUCUGAGAAAGCACAUGGUCGCGUCAGCCUUCACAGAAUAUACCUGCAGGGUUCAGAAUUGUCUCUUCUAAGCUCG